AUGUCGACGGAAACCGAUGAAGAUGCCGCUCGUCGCCGGACGGCCGUCGCCGAAUACCGGAAGAAGCUCCUCUUGCACAAGGAACAGGAAUCCCGAGUUCGAGGGGUGAGGGAGAACCUGCGCGCUACUAAAAAGGAAUACACAAAAACAGAAGAUGAUUUGAAGGCGCUUCAAAGUGUUGGACAGAUCAUAGGGGAGGUGCUCAGACCGCUGGAUAAUGAACGCUUAAUAGUUAAAGCUAGUAGUGGUCCAAGGUAUGUGGUUGGCUGUCGCAGUAAAGUGGAUAAAGAAAAACUAACUGCAGGAACUCGUGUGGUUCUUGACAUGACAACUCUUACGAUAAUGCGGGCACUUCCUCGUGAAGUUGAUCCUGUGGUGUAUAAUAUGCUUCAUGAAGAUCCCGGGAAUGUUAGCUAUUCUGCCGUAGGUGGGCUUUCAGAUCAGAUCCGAGAGCUGAGAGAAUCUAUAGAGUUGCCUUUGAUGAACCCUGAGCUCUUUCUCAGAGUUGGCAUCAAACCUCCCAAGGGUGUUCUCCUCUACGGACCUCCUGGAACCGGAAAAACAUUGUUAGCCAGAGCAAUUGCUAGCAACAUAGAUGCCAACUUCUUGAAGGUUGUCUCCAGUGCAAUUAUUGAUAAAUACAUUGGUGAAAGUGCAAGACUGAUCAGAGAAAUGUUUGGAUAUGCACGUGAUCAUCAGCCCUGCAUUAUAUUUAUGGAUGAAAUUGAUGCUAUUGGUGGGCGGCGUUUUAGCGAGGGAACCAGUGCUGAUCGUGAAAUCCAAAGAACACUGAUGGAAUUGCUUAACCAGUUGGAUGGGUUUGACCAGCUCGGGAAGGUCAAAAUGAUUAUGGCGACAAACAGACCUGAUGUUUUGGACCCUGCACUUCUUCGUCCGGGCCGAUUAGACAGGAAAAUCGAGAUUCCUUUGCCCAAUGAGCAGUCAAGGCUGGAAAUUCUUAAAAUUCAUGCUGCUGGGAUUGCUAAACAUGGUGAAAUCGAUUAUGAGGCUGUUGUCAAGCUAGCUGAGGGUUUCAAUGGAGCUGAUCUGCGAAACAUUUGCACCGAGGCUGGCAUGUCUGCCAUUCGCUCAGAGCGUGAUUACGUCAUUCACGAAGAUUUCAUGAAGGCUGUUAGAAAACUGAAUGAAGCGAAGAAACUUGAAUCCAGUGCCCACUACAAUGCUGAUUUUGGAAAAGAGUAA